AUGGCUCUGCACCUAUUGCUCCUGCUGCUCCUGGGUCCCUCAGGCCAAGGCUGGGCUGACAGUCACCCUGAGGUGCUGCAGGUUCCUGCAGGGGGCUCCAUCCAGGUGCAGUGCCACUAUGGCCUCCAGGAUACCAGGUCUCGGAAGGUGUGGUGCAGGUUCUUGCCUGAUGGCUGCCAGGCCCUGGGCUCCUCCACAGUGGACCGCCGGGCCCCAACAGGUGGCCGAAUGUUCCUCACUGACAUGGGUGGUGGCCUACUCCAGGUAGAGAUGGUGACACUGCAGAAAGAGGAUGCUGGGGAGUAUGGCUGUGUGGUGGAGCGGGCCACGGGGCCCCAGACGGUGCACAGGGUGACUCUGGACGUGUUACCGACAGUAUUUCCAUCAGACUCAGUUGCUGAGCCGAAAGAUGAGAUGGGAAAGGAAGAGACUGUUAGGACUGGCAGCCUCAUCCCUGUGGACCAGGAUGACAAGAGUGUCCCCUUGAUUUGGGGUGCCGUGCUGCUGCUGGGCCUCCUCAUUGUGGCGGUGGUGCUGCUUGCAGUAGUCAUCAGAAAGAGAGAGGUCUAAAUAUCAGAGAACUCUUCGGUUAAAGGAUGAAAGAGACAGCCCAACAAGUACCAUAGAAACGACUGAGCACACUCACCUUGCUGGAGAAUGGUGCCAUCUGCAUUUACUGGCUGAUAGACAAUGGUCUGCCCUUCAGCAGUCUGGGCCACUUGU